UUGAAUUGAGCUGUGCGAUAAUAAGCCUCUGAUGUUGUAUUAAUGGCUAACGUGUCCACCUGUGUGUGCCUGUCAGCCUAUAAGAGCGAGAUCAUGAAGGUGGGUCUGCUGAGGUGUCGCGAGGAGCCUCCGAAGCUCCUUCAGGGGACCAGGUUCCAGGAGAGAACGUUCCAGAUUCGAGACCACAAACUGCUGCUGCUCAAAGACAAGAAGAGCAUCAAACCUGAGAAGGAGUGGGCUCUGAAAUCCUUAAAGAUCUACAUCGGCAUCCGCAAGAAGCUGAAGGCUCCAACCAGGUGGGGCUUCACAGUGAUGUCAGACAAACACCAGCUGUACCUGUGCUGCAGCAGCGAGGCCGAGCUGUGGGAUUGGAUCACGAGCCUUCUCAGAGCUCAGAACGAUGACCCAGGUCCUCCGGCGCUGCGCCGCCACUCCUCCUCUGACAUCUCCAAGCAGAAGUUCGGAACGAUGCCGCUCGUCUCCAUCAGAGGAGACGAGAGCAACAGCAGCAUGCUGUCAGCCAAUCAGACGCUGAGGAAACUACACGACCGGAGAACUCUCUCCAUGUACUUUCCCAUGAAGGUCCAGCAGGACUCGUUCGAGGAGCGCUCAGAGUCUCCUGACCUGCCUGAGCCGCUCUACGAGGAGGUCGGCGACUUCGGCCUGCAGGUCCUGAAGUCUCUGGAGACCAGCUUCCUGUCCAGCAGCAUUGCAGAGACCCAGGAAGUGCCAGACCACUUCAGGUGAGACGUGGUCUCACCACCAGGUGAGACCACGU